AUGUUCAGACUCACGCGUCCGUUGCUACAACAAGUCCUCAAGAAAACUACUGGAAUCACGGGUCUCGCAGUACACCCAAACCCCCUUCCAGAACUCGUCCGAACCUAUGAAUCCACCCUUUCCGUCCUCUCUACCAUCCCCCAGACUUCUGUCUACAGACAGAGUGCAGAGGCACUCACGAAACACAAGCUCGACAUCGUCAAGGGUGCCAAUGGAGAUGUAGCCUCCGUAGAGAGACGACUGGACGAGGGGCAAAUUGAGGAGUCAUUAGAUAUUGCACAGGACGAGUUGAGGGUAGCAGAGAACAUGCUGGAGUGGAAAGCGUGGGAACCGCUGGAGGAGCGACCCCCAGCUGGCCAGUGGGAGUAUUUCGGGAACACAUCCAACCCAGCGUCGUGA